AUGGCUACUACCAUCACUUGCGAUGUCCAGGCUAAGUACGACACCCAGUACUACGGAACCCUGACCGUCAGCAACAUACGCAACAGCGACAACACCGCGGUGAAAAUCAGCUCCUUCCUCGGCCUGACUUUCAAAUCUCCGGCCGCGGUCGACAAGACCGCUUUCAAUGUGUCUCUUACCCCGUGGCAGGAAGUCAAGGCCAUGGUCGAGAGCGAACAGAUCAACUCGUCGCUCUACUCCGUCUCGGCUGGGCUCCACGUCAAGUCCCCCCACACGUUCAACACGGGGGACACCAUUACGAUCGGCAUCAAUGGCGACUUGGGCCAUGACACCGAGACGUACGUGAAGUCCUUCGUGCUCGCGGUCGACAAGAUUCCCGACACCAGUGGCAAGGUCGACAUCCACUGCGAGGCCGCGCCCCAUCCGAUGCUCGCCAACUCGCAGCAGGAGGUCACCCUCACGGAAGGUAACCGCGUCGUCUCUGCGCACGUGCUGCCCGGCAAGAACGAGGUUGUAUCGGCGAAGGCCGGCAACUACGCCGUUGCAGCCCGCGAGCUCGCCACGGCGGACGAGACCUACGUCGCCACCGCCCACGCCACGCCCGCCAGCUUGGUUGUCGAGGCCGGCAAGACCGCGUUGGUUAGCGUCACUUACAGCAACGUAAGGGCGUACAGCGCUCUCGACAUAGCCAUUGGCAACCUGCCUGGGCUGGAGAACGACCAGCUGCUCGUCGCCGUCGAUGCCGGCAAUGGCUCCAAGCUGGCCACCUUCUCCAGCCCCAUCAACCACACCACUUCGCUCCGCCGGCUGCCGUCGACUGGCACUGCGGCCAUCAACGUUGGCACGAUCACGCUCAACAACGUUGAGUAUUCGUUCCCGACCCGCAGCCAACCUCUGUCGCCCUCGCUGCUCACGGUCUCCUUCUCGGAACAGGACGCCCAGAAGAAGAAGGUCGAGGAGGCCGGCUUCGUCCAGCUGCCCAUUGUGAUGGACUCGGCCGUGACGCUUGACAGGACGAUCCUGGUAAGACUCAGCUCGGCCACCCUUGGCUACACGCAGACAGUGAAGGCCGCGCCCGGGACCACGUCGUUCGCCUGCAAUGUCGGCCCUGGCAAGUAUACCGUUCACACGGCAAGCUUCGUCCAGGACGGCGUCGUCUACUUCGUCGACGCCGAUGAGACGCUCACCGUCGCCAGCAACGGGACGACGAAGCUCCACGUGCACCUGAAGAAGGGUCCCGGUCUCCAUGUCCGCGGGAUCCCCGACUUCCUGAGCUUCGGCGGCUGCGCCAACCUGACGCCCACCAACCUCGACGACUUCGUGGCGGCGCGGGCGUCUUCCGUAUUCAAGUACGCCGGGAUCGACGGUGCCGGUGAUGGCGGCGUCUACCUGCCGGACGACACGCAAACCAAGGCCACGAUCCAGCUCGCUCGCAGCAUCGAGACCAAGCUCGCCGACGGCAACCCGGUGCUGCCGGUCAUGGUGUCCUACACGUGCAACCUCUCGUUGGGGCACACCACGGGCCAGCUGCAGAACAAGGAACAGCUCGCGCGGAGCUUCGCCAACUUCAUCCUUGCACUCAAGGUUGCCAAGGAGGCCAAGGACGAGAAGCACCCCGUUCCAGCCGGGUUCGUGGUCAACCCGGACUUCCUCGGAGCCUGCCAGCAGGAAGGACUCGCGCCGUCCUACCGCAUGCCCGUGACCGAGCCGCUGCAGACGGCGCUCGACCACCACAACGUGCCCGACAAGAUCCCGGCCGCCAUCACCGACGACCUCCGCAGCUACGUGCGCGCGGUCAACUGGCUGGUCCGGGCGGUCGCGCCCGAGGUGACAUACGGAUGGCAGGUCAACCUCUGGGGCGUCGGGCACUCCCGGUGGCUGUACUCGACGGGCGACGCGGCCGAGGACCCGGCCCAGCUGGCCAAGCAGACGGCCGACUACGUCCUGAGCCUGGGCGUGUACGAGCCCGUCCCGUCGCCCGUCAAGCUCAACCUGCGGACGAUGCGGUCGGUCACCCUGGCUGACUUCGAAGCGGCGACGUACCUGCCGGCUCCGCCCGACUUCAUCGCCGUCGACCGCUACGAGGCCGACGACUUCACGCUGCGCGCUUACCACAACAGCUACUGCUACGGCCCGCACGAGUGGCGGCGCUUUUUCGCCUUCUGCCGCGCGCUGAGCGCCCACCUCGCGGCGCCCGUCAUGCCCUGGCAGAUCCCCGCCAGCCGCAUCCCGCUCACGACCGAGGUCGUGUCAGACCUUGAGAAGGAGCACUGGGGCACGGCCGGCAGCUGGAUCCUGGGUCAUUCCGAGGUCGGCUCGGACUACCACACUGUGAACCAGAACAUUUUGAACUUGGAGCUCCCCCCGGUGCACCAGCCUUUCAUGGGCAAGAACCCCAGGGAUAUGUUCAUCCGCGGUGAGCCGUUCGAUUUCAGUCGGCCUGCCUACGAGGACUUUCCGGUGCGCGGCAUCUUUACGGUGCUGCUCGGCGGCGGAGCGACGACGGGCAUUGUGAGUGAUGUCGGCAACCCGGAGUCGUGGGUGAGGAACAAGUUGAACAAGUAUAUGGAGCGUCCUAUCAACCUCCAGACGGCCAAGGUGGGGUAA